GACGUGUUGCAAGCGGGGUGAAAUCUCGGGAGCAGCCUGCGGACCGAGGAACAAAUAGCGUGAAGAUUUAAAAGUGUGCACACAGCGCACGGUGAUUCUGCAACAUUUCGCAACGAGGCCGCGGCGCAACUUUAAACCGUGUCAAGUUCCGCGGCGACGACAAACACUUCGUUUGAGCCCCUCUUUUUGGUUUCUCCUGGGAGGGAAAAGUUGAAAGUGUUGCACGACUCGGAGGACCCACCUCAGCGCAGAAAGUCGGUCGGUGGUCGGCAGUUGGUUCUGCAGGAAUGUCGCAGAAAGAGAGACCCAAGUUUUACCGUCAGGAGGUCAACAAGGCGAUAUGGGAAGUGCCGGAGAGGUACCAAAAUUUGUCCCCGGUUGGCUCUGGAGCCUACGGAUCCGUGUGCUCUGCAUAUGAUAUGAAGACGGGUUUGAAGAUUGCUGUGAAGAAGCUGUCUCGGCCAUUUCAGUCCAUCAUCCACGCCAAAAGAACGUACAGAGAGCUGCGGUUGCUUAAACAUAUGAAACAUGAAAAUGUAAUUGGCCUCUUAGAUGUCUUCACCCCUGCUACUAGUCUGAAGGAAUUCACCGAUGUGUAUCUUGUGACUCACCUAAUGGGGGCAGAUCUCAACAACAUAGUGAAAUGUCAAAAGCUCACAGACGACCACGUGCAGUUCCUCAUAUACCAGAUCCUCCGAGGGUUAAAGUAUAUCCACUCAGCAGACAUCAUUCAUAGAGAUUUGAAACCUAGUAACCUGGCAGUGAAUGAAGACUGUGAGCUGAAGAUUUUGGACUUUGGCUUGGCACGGCACACGGAUGACGAGAUGACCGGCUACGUCGCCACCCGCUGGUACCGCGCCCCAGAGAUCAUGUUGAACUGGAUGCAUUACAACAUGACAGUGGAUAUCUGGUCGGUGGGAUGUAUAAUGGCAGAACUCCUCACUGGAAAAACCCUGUUUCCUGGCACUGACCACAUUGAUCAGUUGAAGUUAAUCAUGCUGCUCGUCGGAACACCAGGGCCAGAGCUCUUGAUGAAAAUAUCUUCAGAGUCUGCCAGAAACUACAUCAGCUCCUUGCCAAACAUGCCCAAGAGGAACUUUGCUGAUGUAUUCAUUGGUGCAAACCCACAAGCUGUGGACCUUCUGGAGAAAAUGCUGGUUUUGGAUACAGACAAGCGGAUAACAGCGGCAGAGGCUCUGGCCCACCCUUACUUCACUCAGUACCACGACCCAGACGACGAGCCCGAGGCUGAGCCGUACGACCAGAGCUUUGAGAGCCGAGAGCUGGAGAUCGAAGAGUGGAAAAGCUUAACUUAUGAGGAGGUGUGCAGUUUUGAGCCGCCUAUCUUUGAUGAAGACGACAUGGAGUAAUGAGAUGAGCCACUCUGACCCCAGCCUCCAUUUAUUUAACGUGCGCAUUAGUGUUAAACUCUCAGACACAUGUAAGACUGCCGAUCAGUCUUUGUCAGUCUUCGCUAAUCGAGAAAUCUCUGUCCAUGAUUAACUCUUGUAAGGAGAUCAUUUCCAGCACAGAGGAAGAAAGAACACGACCAGUUAUCAUAAUUAUUGUAUAUGAACCACUAAUGUUGAUGGUCUGUUGCUGGGAAAUGUCUCUUCUUACCAACAACUGAAAUAAUUUUAUAUUCUUCAGAUUUUUUUUAAUUUACACUUUGACUCGUCACUGUGACACUGAGAUGCUGAAACACCUGGACCUAUAGCUGUGCUACUUUGUGUUUUAAAUGUUCUGUUUAGUAACUUAUAAAUAAGCUUUUGUCUAUCAGAAAAAGGAAUCGGCUAGUUUACCACUCACCCUGCCGAGCUGUCAGUGCAGGGUCACAUGCAUUAGUUAUUACCAUAACUGUUCUUGUAUUUAAAAAGAGAUGCCUUUGAAGGGUUUCAGUCUGUGACAAAAGUAGAUUUUAGUUUUUUAGAUGUUUGAUAAAUUAAGAAUGUGCCUGUUCUGUGUAGUCACUGACCUGUAGUGCUCAGUGCCUGAAUCUCACACAUUUUAAUGUGUUUUUUGAUAGUUUAGAUUCCCUGUGAGACUCUUACAGGUAAAAAUCUGAGCCUCUACUGUUUAAGGAUAAUUCUCUUUAACAAGGCACCUAAGUAGGAAAAUAAAUAUUCAUGGGUACAUGCUCUGCUCCAAAAUAUGUAAAUAUUUGUGCCAUAUUUUUAAAAUCUGACUCCUUGCGAUUUUGUUUUGAGGCAAUCACUGUUAUAAAUGUACAUCAAAACAUUGUGUGUGUCUGCAAGUGUGUUGUUGGUUUACAGGGCUUUUAAGUGUUAUGAUAUAUCCUGUAAUAGAAAUACUGCAUAAAUGUGUAAAAGAGGGAUUUGUAUUUAUACUUUGUGGAGGUGGUAUUUAUAAGCAACAAUCGAAAGAUCCCUUAAACUAUUUUCAGUCCUGCAGAGUAACUACUAUCUUCAGUUCUUUGUUUAACAAAAUAAAGACCUAUUUUUAAGAGACUAA